AUGUCAAAUCUCACGAAGCUUGAGUUUGUUGCACUUGACAUUUCUGGCAAGAACUAUUUGACAUGGAUCCUUGAUGCUGAAAUUCAUUUGAAUACAAAGGAUCUUGGAAAUACCAUCAAGGAAGGAAAUGAAGCAUCCCUGCAAGAUCGCUCGAAAGCUAUGAUUUUCCUUUGCCAUCACCUUAUUGAAGGAUUGAAAUCUGAAUACCUUGGGGUGAAGGAUCCUGCUAUCCUAUGGAAAAAUUUGGAAGAAAGAUAUGUUGGAGAAAAAAUUCACAACUUUUCAUGCAUCAAACAUGCUCCUGCAAUAGCAAUACUGAGAAAAUGGAUUUACAAAAUAUUCCCAACUGAGCUUUUGAUGAAAAACCAUCAUUCCCACCUGACUGGCUCAAAACCAUUUCCUGAAGCAAAUGCAAAUGCAUCAUUCCCUGAAGCAAAUGCAAGUAAUCAUGGCCAUGGUAGUGGUCGUAGUUAUGGUCGUGGCCGCGGUCGUGGUCAUUAUAAUUUUCAAAACCGAGGUGGUCACAAUAAUGCCUCAAAUAAGAGAAGUGCACCAUACCACCAGAAGUGGAAUAUCAAUGAAGAAAAACAAGGAAAAGGGAAAGAGAAAGAAACAAACUUCACUGAUUUCGACAAUAUUUUUUAUGAUUUUACCGAGCCACUGGAUAUCACCCAUUUGGAAGUGUCAGAUUUCUUUGCGGAAUCAAGCGGCACAUUUGAUGAUUCAUAUGGUGAUGGAAAUACCAAUGUUGGUGAUGAAAAUAUGAAGGAUGGUGAUGAUGAUGCCAAUGAUGGAAACCCCAAUAUUGACUAA